UCAUGAAACGUGGUGCCAUUACCUGCUCGUCAGACGUUAAAAUGCUACUGCUGAACGUAUCGUUAGAGCUACAACACGCACGUGCAGAAGCGGUACUAACGUUAUAAUGUCAAGGAUCAUGAUUUUCCACAUGUCCAUGCGCUCCAACCCAAUACUACGGAGAACACAUCUGACUGUGUGGAGAGCAUGGAGGUCAUGGAAGUCAAGACUGCACUCCUCUACACUUUGUGCAUCUCCUGGUCCCGGUCCCCUGGACAGAUCUGAAGAGUCUGAAAAGCCUCCUCAUACUCCUGUCAUGCUUAAAGAGGUGCUUCAGUACUUAGACGUCCAACAAGGUCAGGUGGUCCUGGACUUGACAUUUGGAGGUGGUGGUCAUACCAAAGCGAUUCUGAAUAUGGUUCCUGAAGUCACCGUCCUGGCCUUAGACCGAGAUCCUACAGCUAUUUCUCUGGCCGAGCAGCUCGCCAAGCAACACUCUGGUCGUGUGAAACCAUUACUCGGCAGAUUCAGCGAGCUUGGAGCCCUGCUGUCUGACGAAAACAUUGAGCCAGGCAGCAUAGACGCUGUCCUACUGGAUGCUGGAUGCUCCUCCAUGCAGAUGGAUCAGGCGGAGAGAGGAUUCGCCCUCAGCAAGGAUGGGCCUUUAGAUAUGAGGAUGGAUGGAGAGAGGUACCCCGACAUGCCCUGCGCUGCUGACGCUGUGAAUACCUUAGAUCAACAGGCUCUUGCAUCCAUCCUCACUGCAUACGGGGAAGAAAGAAAUGCCUGGAAAAUAGCCUCAGCCAUUGUGGAGGCACGCCGUGUCAACCCCAUCACCCGGACGCAGCAGCUUGCCAGCGUGGUGGCAGGAGCGUUUCCUGCCGCUGUUCGGCACGCACGUAAGGACCGACUCCACAGACCUGCUCACGUGGCCACUAAGACUUUCCAAGCUCUUCGAAUUCUUGUGAACGACGAGCUGAACGAACUUCAUUCAGGCCUUUGUGCCGCCAGGACAGCGCUGAGACCUGGAGGACGUCUCUGCGUCAUCACUUUUCAUUCGCUAGAAGACAGACUGGUGAAACGUUUCCUCCAGGGAGAGGACUUAUCUAAUCUAGACCAGUAUCACUUCACCCAGAGGAAGAAAGGAACUGGGAAGGGAAAGUUGUUGGAUGAGAAGAGAGAUGAUGGAAAUCUUGAUUGGGUCCCUCUUCGGAAAAAAGUGAUCACGGCAGAAAAGGAGGAUGUAAAAGAUAAUCCUCGAGGACGCUCUGCUAAACUCAGAGCAGCUCUCAGGCUCUAAAGAGAUAGGUUUUUUUUUAAGUGGGGUGUCUGAGGUAUCUGUAAAUAUUAAGUGUUUUACCCACAAGAGAUCCCGUCAGCUCAGCCCCUUUAUUGAGUAACCGGACAAGGACCUGAAACAGAAGCUAGACUAUCAACACCUGCAGACCGGGCCAAAUCUUUCAUGUCAUGUUGGUAAUCCCAAGAAACUUCGACCCAAUCAGUGACGUCAGUGUACAUGUACUUUAUGUUUUGGACAUUUUUCAGUGCUUCACUUUGCCGUCAGAAAGCCCAUAAGUUUUUGUUUUUGAAUCCCUAUAUGUUUGCAUCUCAUUUUGACUUCAUUUUAAACGAAAAAUGUGAAUUAUUUUCUGUCUGACUCAGGAGUGGCUGCAGAGUUUGUUGUUUCAGCUCAGUCCUCCCCUUUAUCAGCUAACACACUGUAUUUUGAUAAGGUAAACAUAUCGUGCACUUGCAUUCAGCUUUUCUGGUUUUCUGACUUAACUUCUGAAAAUUGAAGAAAGCACUGAACAGCGAUGGGUACUCUGGAAGGCAACCAGAGUAAUUGCUGUUUUUACCCGUAUGUGAUCGGCUGGUAUCCUUUGAUUGAGAAAGGUCCCGAAAUAAUGUUGUUACCAAAUCCCACUUGUAACAUCAGGAGCUCUCUGGGUUCAUGGGCUCGCAGUUUACACACCUGCACCACCAGGUAACUCGGGAUCUCUCCUGCUCUAUAGUUGGGACAGAACUUUCUCCUCUUUCUCCUUUUGUCCGUUGAGUCUCGUUCUUCCUCUGUAAACUCAAGUAUAUAGAGGUGUCCUCUUCAACCAAAGUUAACGACACGUCCCCUGUCAGAAUCACACUUUUUUUAGUUUGGUUGUUUGUUUUUUAUUUAUAAAGCACCAUUCAUACAAGAGCAAUUCAAAGUGCUUUACAGAGUUAAAAACAAAACAAAAACCAGAACAGACUGCAGACCAAAUCAGCUGAUCAGUGCACUGCAGGUGGAAGAACACGUAAUUGACGCAUCCAAGAGUAGUGCAACAAGAAAUGGGUUCUCUAACGCCAAAGUACAGUACUAACAAAUUUCUAAAUGGAGCAUGCACUAAUACCGACAUUUUUCCCAAAUUGACCCCGUCUGCAGCCUAGCUUGAUAACCUAGCUUCUGUUCUGGUUCUCCGGCCACUUUCUCAACAAAGGGGUUAAGCUAACUGGCAUCCCCUGUGAUUAACAUGCUAACUAUUGACAAGUAAUUAAGAAGCCACUGCUUGGCAAUCCGUCAAUCAGGAUAGAGAGUUAAAAAUAUGUCUAACCUUUAGUUCAAAUGCGGUCACUCAAAGAAACCAAGAUAGCAAGGCCAAAGCCAAGAUGGUAGUCCAAUCAUGAUGGCUAAAGCUUCUUAUAUUUGGAUUCUAGCUCCAUAAACACAGUUAGCAAAUUUUAACUGUUAGGAAGCAAAUGAGUCGGCUUCAAUGCUGCAUCAGAGUCUUUCUGUUUGGUAAGGGCACUUUGAAGUGACAGGGAAACUCUGGUUAAGGAAAAGAAUUAUUAAUAAUCCCGCUCACUGAAGCAGAGUUUGUUUUUCUCACGGGGAGGUGAAUAAUGAAGUUCUGGCAUCAUAAAAAAAAUGGCACAAAUUGGCAAAGAUUCAAAAACAGACAAAAUAACUGGAAUAUUUAGAUUGGGAUAAAAGUCUGUAAUGAACUGUUCAAAGGUUAUCAAUACAGAGCCGUAACUUUUACACAUGUUGGUUUUUGUUUGAAGUGUUACAUAAUGUUAUUCUUAUAAUAAAAUGUGUGAUUUGUUUUUUUGUUAAUUAAAUGUGUGCAAAAGAAAACAGUUUCUGGUUCUUCUUAGUUUAAUAUGGUAAUGAAGAUGUUUUUAUUUGACAAGAUUUGUCCCGUUGAGAUCAGAGAUUCAAGAGAGACCAGGCCAAGACACAAUAAGCAAUAAAGCUUGUCCAUUACAUUAAAAGAGUGUAAUCAGCUAAAACAUUUCUAAACAUUCAGGAUGACUAAAAUUUGCAGAUUGUUCCAAAGAAUAAGUGCAGAUAACCUAAAAGCUUUCCUCCUCGGUUCAGUGGGAACAAUAAGCUGCGCAAAUCCAAGAAAGAAGGUUGUGAACUCCGUCCUUCAUGAUAAAAAAGGGAGGAAGUGUGAGCCUGAAUUUAGCCCAGAAUAGCUUUGUGUAAAGUUUGCGUGCACACAUUUUUUCAUUGAAGAAAUCCACAGAGAAAAACGCUAAAUGUACAUAUCUGCGUGUUGAUGCAAUAUGAGGUAUUUAUUGCAGCUAAAAAAAGGUGGAACAUAUGAAACAAAAGAACACCUUUCUCCCAUUGACGUCUAUAUUCUCCCUGAACCUCCCCUGAUGAUCAGCUCUACUGUACCAUGUGAAUCAGUAAUGCCACUAAAUACUGAAUGACGCAGGUGUCAGAAGUGGUGCUGAAUGAGCGGGCUGCUUGUUCUUGAGCAUUCUCUCACCUUCGACUGGAAGCAGAUGAGGCGUUUUGAUCUUUACUAUUUGACUUUGACUAAUUGUAAUUGCUCCAUCAAGAUUAUUAACACUUUUUUCCUCUGUCUUAGUUUAGUACACUCUAAAUAUACCCCCCUUGUUACCUUGGAAACUAAAUGGCGCAUGUAACAUUUAACUGUGUCUAAAAUUAUAAGCUGUUUUAAUCUAAUGUGAAAUGAUGCCAUAUCUGGAGUUUGUAUGUCCCCAUCUUUGACAUCAGUUGAUGUAAGUUAAUGAGAAUCAGUGUCCCUGCUGAGAGAAUAUGUUAUGAUAUUUAAUCAUUUGGAUGCUUGGUUUCUAUUUUAUCACUGCAUGACCUUUAACCACGUAUCAGGAGGUGAAUGAGUUACUGAUGACUACACUCCACUGAUACGUAACAGCAUUCAUCUAUCAUUAGAAAAUACACAAGAGACACAGAAGAGAUGGUUGCAUUUUAAAGUAAACAUGCCUCCUCAUGAGUAAUAUUUUUAUGGAAUGCACAUUAAAGACAAUAAAUGCUCUUUUGUUCA